UUGCAUAGGAUAAUAGAAAUACGAAAAUCUACGUGACAUAAAAAAGGUGUGGUUGCGGUUUGCCUAUCAAUUCAUUGUAUCCCCACAACGUUGGCCAAUCCUCUUCACUUGUUCUUCCUCACAUCCCAUCUCUCUUUCUCUCUCUACUUGGACCCCGUCCUCAGUGUCUCUUCUCUCUGGUUGCAACUUGGGUGUGAAAGGACCAAAAUACGAAUUUUCUGGAAAAAGAAAUCAAUCCCUCUUCCCAGAAGAAAUGCCAAAGUGUGGGAGAAAGGGGAAUUAAAAGAUAAGUGCCAAGCCUCAAAGUUGUCUACCCAAAUAUCAGAUUGUGCUUUUUACCUUCUUAUGGCCUAUAAUCUCCCUCGGUAAAGAAAACCAAGACCAAAAGGAAUAAAAAAAAGUGGGAGAGAGAGAGGGAGAAGUAGAGAACAGGAGAGAAAAAGAUAAGAAUAGUAAGCUAGCAUUUUUUGGUGUUGUUGUUAAGUCUCAGUACUCAAAGGGAAAGGAUUAAGGAAAGAGAUCUGGUAUAUGGUUGUGUGUGUGAAUAAUAGAGUGCUUGAGGUUGUGGUGUUGGUGAAGAAUAUUUCUGAAGAUGUCAGGAGGAGGAUGCAGCAUAGUGUGGUUUAGGAGAGAUCUAAGGGUAGAGGAUAAUCCUGCACUGGCUGCAGGAGUUAGAGCAGGAGCUGUUGUUGCUGUUUUCAUAUGGGCUCCAGAAGAAGAGGGUCAAUACUACCCUGGGAGGGUCUCUAGGUGGUGGCUCAAACAAAGUUUGGCUCACCUUGAUUCCUCUUUGAGAAGCCUUGGCACUCCCCUUAUCACCAAGCGUUCCACUAAUAGUGUUUCUUCCCUAUUGGAGGUCGUUAAGUCCACUGGGGCUACUCAACUCUUUUUCAACCAUUUAUAUGAUCCAUUGUCACUUGUGAGGGAUCACCGAGCAAAGGAGGUUCUGACUGCACAAGGCAUUACCGUCCGUUCAUUCAACUCAGACUUAUUGUAUGAACCAUGGGAUGUGAAUGACGCUCAUGGCCAACCAUUCACAACUUUUUCUGCUUUUUGGGAAAGAUGCCUCAGCAUGCCUUAUGACCCACAAGCACCUCUUCUCCCACCUAAAAGAAUUAUUCCAGGUGAUGCUUCAAGGUGCCCUUGUGAUAUGUUGGUGUUUGAAGACGAUUUAGAGAAGGCAAGCAAUGCGCUUCUUUCUCGAGCAUGGUCACCGGGGUGGAGCAAUGCUGACAAGGCAUUGACGGCAUUCAUAAACGGUCCUCUGAUUGAAUACUCAAAGAAUCGUAGGAAGGCUGAUAGUGCCACAACCUCAUUUCUCUCUCCACAUUUGCAUUUUGGUGAGGUGAGUGUAAAGAAAGUGUUCCAUCUUGUCCGCAUUAAGCAAGUGUUUUGGGCCAAUGAAGGAAACAAGGCUGGUGAAGAGAGUGUGAACUUGUUUCUCAAGUCUAUUGGUCUUAGAGAGUAUUCAAGGUACAUCAGUUUCAACCACCCCUACAGUCAUGAGAGGCCCCUUCUAGGACACCUUAAGUUUUUCCCUUGGGUGGUGAAUGAAGGCUACUUCAAGGCUUGGAGACAAGGCAGAACAGGGUACCCUUUGGUGGAUGCUGGAAUGAGAGAGUUGUGGGCAACUGGUUGGUUGCAUGAUCGGAUACGUGUUGUGGUUUCAAGUUUCUUUGUGAAGGUGCUUCAGCUUCCUUGGAGAUGGGGAAUGAAGUAUUUCUGGGAUACCCUUUUGGAUGCAGAUCUUGAGAGUGAUGCUCUUGGUUGGCAGUACAUAUCUGGUACUCUCCCUGAUGGUCGCGAAUUUGAUCGAAUAGAUAAUCCACAGUUUGAGGGGUAUAAGUGUGAUCCAAAUGGAGAAUAUGUUCGACGCUGGCUUCCUGAACUUGCUAGAUUACCAACUGAAUGGAUACACCAUCCGUGGAAUGCACCAGAGUAUGUACUACAAGCUGCUGGAAUUGAACUUGGUUCAAAUUAUCCUCUUCCCAUUGUAGGAAUAGAUGCUGCAAAAGUUAGACUGCAAGAAGCACUUAUACAAAUGUGGCAACAAGAAGCAGCUUCAAGAGCUGCAAUUGAAAAUGGAACGGAGGAAGGGCUUGGAGACUCAUCUGAAUCAGCCCCUAUUGCUUUUCCUCAAGACACACACAUGGAAGAAAGACUUGCUGAACCUGUUAGGAACAACCCACCUCAUGGUACUCGGCGCUACGAGGAUCAGAUGGUCCCAAGUAUGACUGCUUCCCAUGUGAGAGUGGAAGAGGAAGAAACAUCUUCAGACCUUCGAAACUCAGCAGCAGACAACAGAGCCGAAGUUCCUACAAAUGUGACCACACAAGAAAAUGCCAGAGAGACAGUGAAUCAAGGAGGGCUGCUGAAUGUAAAUAGAAACACUCGAGUACAGAAUAAUGCUACUGAAAUGUGGCUGAGAAAUGCGGCUGAAGAUUCCACAGCAGAAUCGUCAAGUAGUACUAGGAGAGAAAGGGAUGGGGGUGUAGUUCCAGUUUGGUCUCCCCCAGCAUCUAACUUCUCAGAACAAUUUGUAGAUGAUGAAAAUGGUAUUGGAGCCAGUUCAUCAUACUUGCAGAGGCAGCAUCCUCAGUCCCAUCAAUUGAUGAACUGGACGCGGCUACCUCAGACUGGGUGAGAUUUCCCAAAGCAAGUGAAAAGAUAAAUACAUAUGUAAUUCAGAGCUACAACGUGGUGAUUAGUAUCAGGGAGAUGAAGAAUGCAGUCUCCCCUCAUCUUUUGGGAAAAGUGGGAUGGCAAACCUGGUAUUGGACAUACAUGUGAUCAUUUCCUACAUCCUUGAACAUGUCUUGACACAUGAUUAACGGCUGACCUCGAAUGUGCAUGAAAAUUUCAGUUCAUGCGGGCAGUAAUUUCAUCUGCAGUGCCUUUUGCGCUCUUGUACAAAAUUUUUAGGCCUACUGUAUAGUAUAAUUUGUGUUGUGGAGGAGAAAGAGCCACUAUUCGAAUUGGACCUUUGGUCCUCUCUUAAACUCAGGGUUGUGCUUAUCAUUUGAGGUAGUUAGUUAUUUACGUUUCCUGUCCGGUAAUCCUGUACAUUUAUUUUGACUGCUGUAAAGUGCAUUAAUCUCGGUGCUCAGAUCUCCAAAACUUCUCUAUAUGGCAAACUAAAAUGCAUUGCCAAGACA